AUGCCUAAGCAAGGCGACCUUGCGAAACUCAUGAGAAGGGCUACUGCAAUCAUUUGGGAUGAAGCCCCCAUGAUAAACAAGUAUUGUGUAGAAGCAUUAGACCGAACACUACAAGAUGUUAUGGGUAGCAAUGCACCAUUUGGUGGGAAAGUGGUUAUUAUGGGGGGAGAUUUUCGUCAAGUGCUUCCAGUUAUUGCAAAGGCAAACAAAUCGCAAAUGAUAUAUGCAUGCAUCGUUCGGUCUAAUUUAUGGGCCAUUACAAAGGUCCUACAUUUGCGCCAAAAUAUGCGAUCAAUGCAUGAUCAUGAAUUUGCAGAAUUUCUUAUGCGGAUUGGAGAUGGCAACGAACCUACCAAAUCAGAUGAUAUGUUCCCUGCAGAAGAACAUAAUCUAUUUUCAUUUGACGAGGUUGAGGGUGACUCGCAUAACUUAUAUCAACAGGAAUACUUAAACACAAUUGCAACUGGAAGUUUACCACCACAUAUUUUAAAGCUAAAAGAGGGAGCUCCAUUGAUGUUGUUGCAAAACAUAGACCCCAAAUAUGGACUUUGUAACGAGACAAGACUUCUAUGUCGUGGUUUAUUCUGCAAUUUAUUGGAUGUCGAAAUACUAACAGGAAGCAACGCUGGGAAUAGAGCUUUCUUGCCCAGAAUUAAGCUUAAAACCACUGAAGGUGCAGGACUUCCUUUUGUGCUAAGUAGAAAACAAUUCCCUGUCAAACUAAGUUUUGCAAUCACUAUAAACAAAUCACAAGGGAAAACAAUUCCGAAAGUUGGAAUCUAUCUUACACGACAUGUUUUCAGUCAUGGUCAGUUGUAUGUUGCUUUAUCUAGAGGUGUUUCUCGAGCCACAACAAGAGUGUUGAUUAAGGAUGGAAAACUGGAAGGGGAGGACGGAAAGUUCACAAAAAAUGUGGUUUACAAGGAAAUUUUGUUUAAAGAAACAUAA